CUGACGCCCACCUGCCACCCUAAAAGCUACGGUGCAUGACCUGCGCGCUCAUGCAUUGACCUCCAUCCUCAAAGCACACGUUGAGUGGCUCUGUCAGCCAUUCGCAUGGCCAGGACACGGACCAGCAGUGACAUUCAGAGGUUCCCCACCCUUUCACAAACACCAGUAAUGUCCUACAAUGGUCUGUAUGUUGGUGAAAUGUAACUGUAAUAAGCGACGUCUUUCAGUGCCUGCCACAUAUAAUCUCGCUAGUCUCUGCUUUUCUGUCCCUCUGUUUUCCCCUUCCGCUUCGCAACGCCAUUCUCAGCAUGCCGUCCACCAACUUCAAGGACCGCCUGACUGCUCUCGGUCUUCCCGCCGUCGACCGCUCUUCCACGGCCUGCAGCUGUGCUCUGGCUAUCCUGAAGCUUCUGCCGCAGGCUGACCUCGACGAUCAGACCAAGGAUGCAAUUGAUGCCCAGGCGGCGCACGAAGCCUCGCUCAAGGCCGACCUCGAGAAGGACCCAACCGCGUUCGUUGUGAGCGCACAUCUCGCCUACUGCACACUCUGCGAGAAAGACGUUCCCAUGGAGGCGCACUACUCGAAGACAGACUGGGAGCGACACUUGUCUACCUGUCAUCCCGCGGCCAAAGAAGAGGACGGUGCGUCGGAUGCUCUUUCGGGAGCGUCUAGAGAAGGGCCAACCUGUGAGCCCACUCGCAAGCGUCUUCAAAGGGAGAGCCGAGACGCCCAGGUCCAGAUCACUACAAUGGUCGAGGAAGGUCCUCCGCCUGAGUACAAGUCCUCAGACGCAUCCCUGGACAGCGUGCGCAAGACGCCAAGGACGCCGCGCAGGCCUCCUCGGGAGAACUCCUUCACUAGUCACGCCCAUUCACCCGCCACCAAGGGCAGGGUCGGUGUUGCCUCUGGUCAGAGGGCGGGAAAGGCUCCCCUAGGACCGUCUCGGUCCUUGGUCAAUAUUGCUGGCUUUCCGACGACCAGCAUCCUGACCACUGGUAACGCAAAGCUUGGACGUUACGACGCCGAACCAGGCUCUUCGCCGACAGCGUAGUCUGCUAGUCAACGCGUCGGGCUCUUGGCCAAGCUGGGAGGACGCCCCCUUCACAGUGGACUUCACGGAACUUCACAUGUACUUGUAGCUUGUUAUGUCUUUCCCCCUUGUAUCAUCAGCUUGGCCAAUCCUCUUGCCACUAUGCUGCUAUUCCAUGCCCUCGUCGGAACGACACCUUGAGUACAGCUCAGUGCCAACCAGAGUCCGCAACUUGCCGUCAAGGUGAGAUGCGCGAGAACAAUGCUUCGAAUAGAUAUAAUACAGAACAGUACAG